AAUAGAGCAGGCUGGUUGGGAGAUUACUGCUCUCAUUCUGCACUCGAUUUAGUAUUUUUCCUUGCGACUCACACUCAGACUCGCACAAAACCAGAAUGUCCACCAGCCCCGCUAAAAAGCUCCCCCUCGGUCGCGGGACCAGCACCGCAGCGACCGACGACCCAGAGACUCGGCAGCUCGCCGAAAAAACAGACUGCGGCGGAGGUAUUGAGCAAGGAGAUGCUCCUGACAACACCUCCUCCAAAUCCCCUCCACUCAACACCUCCAGCAGCACCUCCUCGAAACAGAAAGCCGCGCACUUCUCCAACACGGUGCUUGAAGCGCGCCGGCCGACCAAAGAUUUCACCACCUCCCUCUCGCUCACGACCGACCUACUGUUAGAAUCCCAGCUAGAGUUGAAGGAGCGCGAAGUCUCCGAUGAGGUCAUUGUCGAGGUAUCAAAUGUAAAAAUGUCUGGGUCUGGAAGAAUGGAAGGCUUGUCAUGCUUGUCUAGCAUGACCCAUGAUGCUUGUAAUGCAUGACCCAGCAUCACAGAUUUUUGGAAAGCUUCCUGAUGCCAUUUCCGAAUGACAAAUGCCCUCCUCGCGUAGCACAAAUAUGGCUCCUCUUGCUGGUCAUGCAAUACAGAUUUUUUUAGAGUCCAAAGUUAGCAUCACAAGUUCCAACUUUCCAGACCCAGACAUUUUUGCAUUUGAUACGAGGAACGGCAGUACCAGAAGCUGGAUGUCGUCGCCGGGCACGGGUACGAGCUAUCAAAUGUAAAAAUGUCUGGGUCUGGAAACUUUCGAUGCUGGGUGGCGUUUCAUGAUGAGGCCACAAAUGCUGGCUCAGCAUCACAAGUUUCUGAGCUUCUAGGUGUUGCCUAUUCUGCAUGACAAACUGCGUUUCUGCAUCACAGAAAAAAUCUAGCUCUUGGGUAACGUGCAUGACAGAUUUAAGAGUCAUGGCAGACAAGCAUGACAAACAUGCAUUCUUCCAGGUCCAGACUUUUUUGCACUUGAUACGAGCAGGCGGAAUACGAGUACCACGUGGAAGAGAUCCUGGGGAGAGAUGACAACGAAGUCGUGAAAAACCUUCUGACCCGAAGAACCCAGACCGAUCCGCCGUUGCUUCCGAUCGGCCUGGAUGGGACAGUACAACAGCGUGAUCACAAUAUUAAAUCGUCGCUCGCGGCGAGCGGAAGGAACUCGUCGGGAUCGGGAGACCGAUCCGCGUUGUUCCACCCAAAAAUGAAUCACCGUCUUCACCAAAACACUUCUUCUGGCAGUCACCACCGGAACCUGUCCAACGACGGCUACUUUCAGAAACAGGACGCGAAGCUCUGCAUGUACACCAACGACGGGAAGGUAUACAAACCCUGGAUUGGGUUGUCGGAAAAGGAGCAGGCGGAGGGGCGGACGAAAUCGCGAGGCCGCAUCGAGUACGACUUCUACCGAAUUAUGAACAACUGGCCGGAGAAUGUGUCGACGAACAAGAAGUACGGGUCCAACUCCUCCAGCUCCGUGGCGAGCAAAAAGAAACAGAAGUUCCUGUACGGUGGCUUACUACAAGGUGGUGACAAAGAGAAAGAGAACAAUAUAAGUGCUGCGAAGUUCGCGGUAAAUGAUCGAGCCGACCGGGAUCAUGAGGAUGCUGAUGGUCAACAACCGGACGAGAGGACAAGCAGGAAUGCCAACACCAGUGUUAUGACCGAGUCGCCGAGCCGAAGCUCGGGUAGUGGAAACGCGUCGAGUUUUAUCGCAAGAAAAAAGUGUUACAGUUACACAUUGCGUUGCAGGCCAAGCAAGACAGGCAAGCUCUGUCAUGCCGGAUAUGCAUAGAAGCCUCGUUUCAUAGGUGUUUUCCCCUAGAAUUUCUGCACUACAAGUUUUCUCUCUCAACAUGCAGAGAAAUUUGUGUUGCUGCAUUCACUACAAAUGUGUAACUGUAACACUUUUUUCGUGGGAUAAGUUUCAAUUUGAAAGACAGUCGAAGCGGAAGUGCGAGCAGACCGACUGUCAAUCUGCUGUAUCAAAAUGGUGAUUAUUAAGCAGGGUCGGCACCUGACUCGAAGUGUCUAGAUGUGACGGAAUAUGCAUGAAAGGCGUACUAUUAAUUCUACCAGUAUGUUAUGAGAGACGUGACGCGCUUCACUUCAUGCAUAUAGCAUAAUUCAAGUCCAUGCCCUUUUCUUUUUCCUCACCAGCUGCAAACCAAGUAUUGUGUGCAGCGCUUUAAUUUCUUUGCGUGGCAAAAUCGCGCACCAGCAUGUUACUACUAGACGCAUCGAAAUAAACCAACACCCUAUCGUCCCGGCUUUCUCUCUUCAAUACCACCAGAAGAUUGGUAUCAAGGGCGGCAGUGAUCCGACGAUGAAUUCACC